GGAUACGAAAGAAGUCAUGUGACCACUGAUCACUCGAGAGUUGACAGUCUUUCAAAGAAGUAACAGUCUUUCAAAGAAGUAAAAUUCCAGGGAUAACUUUAAGUGAUGGAGUUAACACGGGUUAUUUUUAAUUUAAUAUUAAUAUCUAUAAUUCGGACAACCAAUGGGACACAGCGUUCGACUCAAACAAUUUGGCGGAACUGUCCAAAUCGUGACCUUGCAUCCAGCGCAGUGCAUCUGACAAAUUUCAAUAUAGAGCCGAAUCCGAUCCUAUUUCCCGGCGAUAUAUAUUUCUCAAUAGAAGGGUAUACUAAUAGAACCCUGGGGAGCUCCGCCUUACAUCUUGAAAUUGCACGAGAAGCUGCGUGGUUCAACAUCCCUGUACUGUGUAUCAUGAACGUAGGUUCCUGUACGUACAACGACAUGUGCACACUACUGGACGAUAUGGUUAGUGAAAAUUGGAUGGGAAUCACUCGCAACUUAUCUCAGGACAUACAGACCAUGUUGAGAAAUAACGGAAUGAACCCCGGGCUCUGUCCCCAGCCCCCGCAGACUGUCAGUAUAUUACGGAACCGAAUUCAGCUGCCAACCAUUCCGGCGGUCUUGUUCUGGUUUGCUGAGGGUACAUACCGAGCCAGGGUUCGUGUGACGGACAACGCCACUGGGGAUGAACUCGUAUGCUUUGACUUGAGGAUCAGUAUGAAGAAAACCAACAGAGAAUGUUCAGACUUCUGGGGAUGUGCCUUCAAUUAAUGUUCUAUAACUUUUAGAUAAUUCACAAUAUUUAACUUUGUUAAUAGAACAUUAAAGAUGCAAGAUGCACAAACAAU